AUGAAAGGUUUGAAGAGAAUGCUGAGGAAAGCACUUACAUCUGACACUCUUGUUCAUCCUCUGCUUGAAAGUGGUGAACAUUUACUUGUAAGUACAGCCAAUCCAGGUUUGGGCUGUCCAAAUGGUUUUUUGUCCUACUCAUCCCACUGCUAUGCCUUUUUUAUGACACCUUCUACCUGGAUGCAAGCAAGUAUGGACUGUCAGAAGUGGCCAUCAGGACAACUUGUCUCUGUGCUCAGUGAGUCUGAAGCAUCUUUUGUGGCCUCCCUGAUCAAGAACAGUAUUAAUAACUACUAUUAUGUUUGGAUUGGGCUUUAUGACCCCACAGAGGGAAAACAAGAUGAUGCAAUUGGAUGGGAGUGGAGUAGCACAGAUCAAUUGAAGUACCAUGCCUGGGAGGUAACACCUCCCUCACUUCCAGACUCUGGCUACUGUGGAAUUGUAACAGAGAGCUCAGGUUUUAGAAAAUGGAAGGAUUAUAAUUGCAAUUUGAAAUUACCCUAUGUCUGCAAGUUCAAGUUAUAG